UCGGAAGGCUUGGGGCGUCAUAAGGCAAUGGGAAGCAAAGUACAAACACCUUCAAUUUUCAUGGGAGUUGAGGGCAAGAGUCAUAGCUGAUCUUGAACAUAGAUUGUUUAACCAGUCUAGCCCACCCAACGUGAAUAUCGAAAUGAAGAAGUCCAUGGAGCAGAAGGAUCAAGAAAUCAAAUGCUUAACGCAGCUGGUCAUCGACUUAGAAUGCGAUAAAACAAUUCUUCAGGAUCUUUACGAUGACCAGUCAGUCCACAUUGUCACACAAGCUAUGUCAGAAAGGCAACCCCCUAGCCCAAUGCAACACAAUAUCAGCCCACCUUCUAGGGUCAAGCGUAUAAAGGAAAAAGAUCGCAAAGAACAUCGCCUGCCUGACUUCCAAUACCCAGACUUACCUGGCCAAAAGCAGCCCCAUCCAGUCGAAAUUGUUGAAGAUGUGGAGGAACAUCCACCAGCGAAGCAGCCAAAAAAAUUAUCCUUUACCAAGAAGUUCAAAGUCUGGGCCAAGAUGUCCAAACAUGACAAACAAAAGGUCCAAGCUUUACAAAAAAAUGGAGGCGAUGAGCUGCUGGUGUGGAAAGGAGAUUCGAAGGCUACACAUGUGUAUUUUGAUGACAUUGUCAACCUUAUCAAGGAGGAAUCAAUACACAGCAAUCUCAUAGAUGCAUAUGCUGAAAUGUUGCAUGAACAACAAGAGGUGGUCAACCCAACUUCGGAUGAAGCCUCAUUGAUCUUCACGAGCAUCUGUUUGAAAGUGAUACAAGAGUACCAUCCUCGCAAAAGGAGUAAACACAUUGAUGCACAUGUUAAAAACUACCAAGGAGAGAGAUACCUACUAUUCCCAUUGCAUCAUGAGUACCACUGGACGAUAGUUGUGUAUGAUGCUAAAGAAAAUUUGUGGAAGCAUUACAACUCGUUGCGCCCAAGAACAAGCAUACAUGACCCGCAUAUCGACCAAACAAAUGAAAUUAGGAACUACAUUGAGCAUGUUGUGAGCGUUACUGGCGAGUCAUCACCGCUAUACACUAAGUUAGCAGGCCAAAAUACAGCACAACCAACCAAAAGUGUUGAUGUCUGUCCUCAGCAAGGCGACGACUCAGUGGACUGCGGACCUGCAGUAUGUUACAUCAUGCGGGCGCACAUAUAUCAUGAAGAAAUUGUGGGCAGCCUCAGUAGUGCAGAAUGGUGUGGACUACGAGAUUUGUUAGUGCACAGUUUUUUGAAUCAUAAGAAAUCAGAGCUUCCUUAAAACCUAUAGGUGGGGGGUGUCCACCUACGAACUAACCAACAGUCGAUUUUAAUGUUAAUAUGGAAUGCGUUGAUAUUUUGACACAACAACUGAUUGUAAAACAGUGAUACAACAUCUGUUAAUAGG